UAUCGUUUUAGGGCUAGAAAUCCUAAUAUCAGAUCCCUUCCCUUUUCCAAAAAUCAGACGAUUUCUCGAAUUCUAUCACGCUAACUUCGAUCAAUACACUGAUUUUAGUAUUAGAUUUUUCUGUGAGCGGUUUCGAAAGCUCAGCUGUAAUGUCGUAUAUUCACCGAUUCGAAAAUCAAUAAGUUCUGAAUUGUGACCUAUGCAUACCGCUGGAUCUUUGCAGAAAUAGAAUCAGGCAGUGGUUGUUUUCCGAGUUGGAAGUCUAAAUUGUACACACACACACACUAGUAAGAUGCUGCAGAUUCGGCUUAGCAAGCCAGCUAGUGAAACUGGUGCAACUGCAAAACCUGUGCCUGUGGAGACCGUCACAGUUGCUUGCCCCGAUCAUCUUGUGUUAGCUGAUCUUCCUGUGGCGAAGGGUCUGGGUACAGCAUCUGCAACUGCUGUUAUCAAGUCUGUUGGACGACGCUCCCGUCGCCAGCUUGGCGAGCGUGUUCAUUUCUGUGUUCGAUGCGACUUUCCCGUCGCUAUUUAUGGGCGUCUGAGCCCAUGUGAGCAUGCCUUCUGUUUGGACUGUGCCAGGAGCCAUUCUCUUUGUUAUCUCUGUGAUGAACGCAUUCAGAAGAUCCAGACGAUUAAAAUGAUGGAAGGAAUCUUUAUAUGUGCAGCCCCUCAUUGUCUCAAGUCCUUCUUAAAGAAGAGUGAAUUUGAGUUGCAUAUUAAUGAGGUCCAUGCUGACCUUCUUCACCCAAAUAAGGAAAAAGAAGGGAAUGAAUCAGAAGCGAUGAGUGCUAGGAAACCUUCAGCCUCUGAUACCACAGUUCAAGCACCCCUGCGGCCGGUUUUUUCUCCACAUUCAAGUUCUCAAGUUCAUGAUCGUGAAGACAAAGCCCAGUUGCCUCAAUCCAGGGAACAACCACCGACGAGACCUGCUGUACAGACUAGGCCAACGCCACCUUUUCCCGGACAAACUCCAGAUCAUCCACCAGAGCACCCUGAUAGUAUUCCAUCACAUCCCUUUGAUAGAGCUACUUCUCAGAACCACUUUCCUCAGCAAACUUUUGAAGUCCAUGGGCAGGGUGGUGGUCGACAAGAUUCAGUUAACCCGAAUUCAGUUCCAGCUCCACCUCAAUAUGGUUAUCCUCCUUAUGCAGCUGAUGGAAUGCAACAGUACUUUGGUGCACCAUAUGGAAUGGCAAGACCAGAUUCUACACCAGAAGGUGGACCGGGACAGGGCUCAUUGCUAGGUUUCCCCCCGGGUCCUGCCGGACCCAUGAAUUUUCCACAAAAUUAUCCACAGUGGAAUGCAGUGCCCGGUUCUGUGCCUUUGGAACCUCCUAUGGUAUCUCAAGGGUCUUCGGAUGGCUUCAUGAAUGUCGAUCCUCAAGGAAGGGGAUUCUUUCAGAACGAUUAUGGACAGAAUGCUGGGAAUAAGAGUUUGGAACAACAGAGGCAGAGUGGGAAUUUUGUGGACCCAAGGGAUGGUAAAGGAAUAUUGGCGGCCCAACCGCUCCAUCUUCCUCCACCACCUCCGAUACCUCCUCCUCACCUGCAACGGGGCAGGUCGUACUCUGGUGAUGGGAAUCAUGAUGGACCACCGGGGUUCAGCUGGCCGGCUGAGAGGCGAGAUGGCUUCGGAGGUGUCCAGGACUAGGCUUAAUCUUUUGCAGCCUGCUGGGUGCAAAACUCGAUCUUUUGCUCAUGUUUGGAAGCUGUAAAUUCUCUAAUGUGUCAAGUGAUUUUUGAAAUGCUAGCUCAAAUAUGUGAACUGCGUAGCCGAGUCAAAUACUAACAUUUUGUAUAAUUUGUAAUUUGGGACAUCUUUUGAGGUAAUACUAAUAUUUGAGUUUUCUUAAA